AUGAAUGUUCAUGGCGAGUAUGAUCCUUAUAUUGGCUGUAUAAACGAAUCAUACGGUGUCUUGACAAAACAUCAUAGAGGAGCAAUUCAAGGCCAUACAGUGAUUAACUUGCAGUUUCUUGAAGAUCUCUUUAAUAAAGAGAUUAUACCAGCGACUGAAGAGUGUGGUGUUUUUGAAUCAUUGUCAUCCCGACGAAAAUACUGUGGCCGGGAUCAUCCUCAAGGAUCAGGUCGAUUGCAACAUACACCUUGUGAUGUUGUCUUCAAUGCUCUAGUCCCAGUGGAUAUAGGCCAAUGCCCAUAUAUAUUAUUCACAUCACAUGGUGUGCAUAAACACCCACCACCUCCCCCAACCAAAGCACCAGAGCGGAUCUUACAAGGAGUGAAAAGGAUCAUACAGCAGAUACGUGAUCCAAGUUUAACCACUGCACAAUUCCUGCGAAAUCCACAGCUAGAGGCGUUUUGUCAGCAGCAUAAUGCUUCUACUUUGACAGAAAUCCACUCAAGCUUCUGUAACAAAGAUCGAAUUGCAGCAAUUAUCCAAAAACAGCGCCUGCUGUCAUAUCCAAGCGGGCAGGAUGUCAACGGUCUCAUUUUUCUUGAAAACACUGACCAACAUAUUAAGGAUUAUAUCCAAGAACAAUAUCAUGAUUCACAGGAUACCAUGAUCCUAUGUGGCUUCAAGAAACAGAUUGAGCUUCUAUCUCAACUUUCCUCAUUUGAAGUUGAUAUGUCUUACAAGCGGAUCCGAUCUAAGAACAUGAAUGAAGUGCUCUUUGCAACAUUCUUGCCAGAUCAGUGUAAAGUCAUUACUUUACUACGGGUCUUUACCACUGUGGAUUCCACUGAGGGCUAUUAUCUUCUUUUCAAACGGGCUUUUGACUUAGUUCAAAAAAUCACUGGUCAUCCAGUACUCUUUGAUUCAAUUCAUGGAACUGGUGUUCAUGGAAUAAUUGUUGAUAUGGACUCAAAACAAUAUACUGGACUUGGUAAAUAUUUGUCUGAAAUUGACCCUCAAAAUCAUGAUGUGACAUGGCAUCUGCAACAUAUAAUAAUUUUUUGCCGAGUCCAUUUUCAACGAUCAAUUCUGAAUACCAUCGGGACCAGAAAUCAAGGAUCUCCUCUUUGGAGCCGUAUGAUGAGUCUAUUAGACUGCAAAUCAGAGGCUGACUAUGAUGCUUUAGUUGAACUACUGAUCAAAUUUGAAGAUGCCAACGUUCAGACAUGGGCAAUACAAAAGAAAAGUCCAGUUAUUAAAGCAGGCUUGAAUAAAGCAUGCUCUAAAAUCCAAUCUCAUUACUUUGCUGCUUUGCGCAAUCAUACGAAUGCUGUUGAACAGUCACAUCAGAAGUCAUACGCAUCUGGAAAGUAUUUAACAUUGACUGAAGCAGUUAAGAAUUCUGCAAAGUUGGACAAAGAUGAUAUUCUUCAAUAUGAUAAUUUCAGGAAAUUCAACAUUCAUCAUUCAUAUCGGACAUCAAAUAUGGAAGCCAACUAUCUUCGUCAUAUGAGUCGGGAAAACAGUCGCAAACGCCAACGCUCCUCUUCAACCCAUAGUCAUGAGACUGCUUCAGGGCAAUCUCAAUCACAUCAAAGGAGCAUAAGGUCACAUUCCCAAUCCUCUUCACAGAACGGUGAUAAUGAAUCUAGAAUAUCUUCAAAAGAUCUCCGUCGAACUGCUUCCACAAAUGCAUCAAGUUUAGAAAUAAGACGUCAAGAGCUUGAGCUUCGAAAGCUUGAAGCAGAUAUUAAAAAGCAAGAAGAGGAGACUCAAAAACAACGUCUUGAGAAUGAGAGAUUAGAGCUUGAUCUUAUAGAGCGGCGGAACAGAAUUCAGGAAUCAGCAAGUGAUCUCUAA